AUGAGCGUCAUCGAAACACUUUUCGUCACGUCCCUCAUCAUACUUUUAGGAUGGCUGUACAUACGCAAAAGCACAUCUUUCCCUAUCAUCGUACUUCUUCACUCAUUGUAUUCCCUAUACGCUCUCAUCCAACGUUCGCCAAACCUCUUCUCCCGUCUACGUAUCCCUCUCACUCUCCCCGUUGACCGUAUUCGUUCGCUGUUAUUAUCAGAAGCUGGAUUCGGAGCGGGAGCGGGAGAUGGUGGACUUGCAGUAUCGGCGCAAAUGCCACCUGAUCUCGAACUUUUACUAAGUCGCCUCAAGACGGAUGAAUCGAGGGGGUGGUUUGUCCGGUUUGGUCAAAGGGCACUGCAGACAUGCGCUCCAUGUACCUCUGCGGAUGAUUAUGCCCUCUUUGUAUUCGCAGGCGCCCUUAUCGCCUAUGUCCGUACUGCUGCGGUACUCUUGUUACUUACUUCCAAUGCAAAUGGGAAGGAUAGAUGGAGGGGGUAUGUUUUAGGCGUCUUAGUAUGCGCGGCUCUUGCAGAAGGCUAUGUCCUAGUUUCCGUUAGCGCAGCUCCACUCCCCAAGGACGGAACCCGAGUCUUCAUGUGGCACGACAAUAUCCAAUUUACACGCCAAGCGCUCUUCCUCCUUCUCCCAAUCCUUACCCAUUUCCUCCCAGAGGUACAGAACCCAGGACCACCCAGCAUGUCCCUCGCCCCAGCUCUUGCACACCUCGAGCGUUCCAUCCCUCGCGCUCAUCUGUUGAAAUACACACGUGCAGCUAUCAUGCGCAACCCUGAACUAAGCGAACGCGCGGUAAGGUGGUGGUCAAGGAAGAAGAGGGAAGGAGACGCUGGGAGAGAAGAUGAGGCGGUGCAGAGGGCGGCGCAGAAGAUGGGGCUUGGAUUUGCUGAUGCUGAGAGUGGUGAGGAGGGCAAGUUGAGGAUGAGCGCGAGGAUGGCGAUAGAGUCUUUGAAGGGGUUGUUUGUUACCCCUGUGGGUCCUUGA